UCAAGUCAGCCCGCGUUACAUGCCAGCUAUAGGCACUCGCUGCCGUUACCCCAUUGGUAACCUGAGCGCAAACGACGACGUUGGUGUUGUUUUCUACAUUAACUGGUCUCUCACUGUUGGGCUGAGAGGAAAAACUGAGUAGACCGACCAAAAGUCUGAUGGUACCGUGGUAACGGCUGAUCAAAAAACAACGGUGACUACGAUUUCCUGUGCAUAGCCUGUGCGACCUUUCUCUCGGCUUUCCAUGUGCUUUUGCGUUAUUCGCAAGCUCCCGAUCGAUUCACAAAAAAAAACAGCCUUGUGGGCGACGCGACAGCAGUAGUUCUCAGUUCACAGCGCGUUGCCUACAAACGAGCGAGUUCAGUAUGCGCAGUGGACGAGAAUUUGGGUUCCUGGGCAAAUUGCUUUUUUCGGUUGGCGAAGACCAUCAUGUUCGUGACUGCGAAGUAAAAUGUAGCUGUGUUGGCGAGUCUGGCAUCGGUGCAGGGAUGGGAACUCUCCCUCAAUCAUUACCUUGCAUGUUCCCUUAUCCUGGCGAAUGUCCAUAGUCUCUUGCAAUUUGGCUGUGGGCUAACUUCCCUACUCAAGACGGCUUGCUUCCAGUAGUGGUGAAACAUGUCUCCAGUGUCUUUGUCCCGAUGUCUUCAUUCAGGAUGGAAAAACAACUAGCGUGUGUGCGUCCGUAACUGUGUUUUCUACGCUGGGCAAGGAAACAUACGUCACCAUUUCUUGCUUCCGAUGCCAGAGAGGACAUAGGAGCACAUACCAAUGGGGUCGCCUUUCGUGUAGCACGGAAGUUCCAUCGGCGCACUCUUUUCCGGGUGCGUCCUGUCCAACGAAAGGGAGAUGAAACGUUGAACGGCAUGGUGACUCAUUUUACCGUGUUCACCUUGGAUAAAAGAUUAGACUCGACGACGACUCUGAUGAAAAGGAGCGUUCUACAUGUGAAUGUCAUGAAGAGUAGAGCCCCGGCUUCGGAUGCGCCUGCCCCCAACAAAAAACACUUGGUUUAAGAACUGACGCAUUGCGGAUGAGGUGGCCUGUACAGAUAACAGGGUGAAGAGAUAAGAGUGAAAUGUUUGGAUGCUGCAAUUCAUCCGACGUGUGACAGUCCCAGUUGGGUAUUUGGUCUCUCUGUUUUGCAUGGCAAUUUCUCUGGAAUCCGUUCCAACUCCGAAGGCAAGAUAAAACCCACUUUCAAUCAGCAUACAACACGGUAGAGGAAAAUUCUGCGUGUUGACUGACUGGAGGUCUCAUAACCUGGCCCACCUGGAACCUCCGUCUCCCGGGUAUCGUGUGUGGUUCUGAACUCGGUCAUCACUUAUGUAUAUGGUCUCCGAAAAAUUUGUUACUGAAGUCUCCUGGGCUCUCCUCAUCCAUCCGAUCCCAAAUCAUGAGCCUGCAACUGGUUUUUUAUUCCGGAGAGACGAUUUGUUGGUCACGGUGGUGUGUUUCACGGACAAGACACUUGUUGCUUGGAGGGCAACCGUUGUGCAAAUAACCCCAGAAGUGUAAGGCUCUUACAAUUUAUUAACUCCAAAAAUAGUCUUCAAUGUGGACUUCACUGGAAGAAUUGUGCCCCGGCGAGGUCUUGUUCUGACAUGCUCGAUGGAGAUAGGGUCUCGGUUCUGCCGUCGCAACGCAACGACCUGCAGUUCGGCGUGGUAUGGAAAUACCACUAAAAAUAUCUUCCUUAUGGUGAAAAGAUUCACUUAAGCUAUCGUACAGCUAUGGAUUAGGGGUCAGGCUUCGAGCAUUAUAAAAUUGUAGUUCCUUAAAGGGCGAAAUGCCACGGAACUGAGAGUACAUUCCCAUUGGGCUGUGACUGCCUGAGAGAAUCAUGCAGAAGUUUACGUGAUUUCGUCGCCGUAGGAGAUGCUUCUUUGGCGGAUUCUCGUGGUUCUGAUAGGAAUGAGGCCUGCACACUAAGCGGGGGGCGGGAGCUUCAGGUCAGCCUUCUAGGAGAGACCACACACAUUUUGAAUGAGUCACGUCAGAAAACGAACGCAUAGAACUAAGGAUGGCGUUUUCUCAGCAGGCAAGACCACUCCGCGGUACUGCCCCGCAUGUUGGGAUCUCGCAAGGGACAGCAAAUGGAGAGAACGGUACAGAAGGAACCAGCGGUCAGUGGCUUUUGGAGUGGUUUCCAGGGUUCGACAUCCCAAUUGGCCUUGAGGGGAGGGCUUAUCUCAGACGUCUGCUGAAUCAUCGGCGUGCGGAAGAUCCUGCUGCAUGCGAGGCGCUCCUAGCUGCUCAUGGGAUCAAGCUAGGCCGAGGCGUUCCGGGACACACCAGUAAUUGGGGAAGCAUGAAAGUGAAAGAACUGUUGCAUGCUGCGUAUCUCCUUGGUUGCUGGUCGGCAGUCGAACGGUUGUGCAUAAACUUUUGCCAGGCAAAUGGGCUAAAGACAGAGUGGAUACAGGAGCUUAAAGCGAAAGGCGGAAGACAAAGCGUUACACUUGCGAACCUUCAGAACUACAGAAAGCGUUUCAGAGAUAGAGAAAAGAAGCGUGGCCAGCAACAGGCAGACCCUCUUCCACAUUCGUUGGUCUCGCCGGCUGAAACGAAGGAGUCUCGAAUAACCUCUGGUAAGCACUUUGAAGCCACAUCAUUUUUAUCCAGGCUUGAAGAAUCAAGCGAACAAGAAGCAGUGAUCCCAUCUGGUCAGCCAGACACACCUACGUCGACAACACAAGCCGGAACUGGGAAGCAGGGAAACCGGUAUGUACCGUCUCAACCUGUGUCUUCGUCACCGGCCGUUUUUCCUUGUUUAGGUCGUUCUGUAGGAGAAGGAUGCUUUGACUCAUCUACAACAGUAGAAGAGGAGGCUGAGCAUUAUUUGCACCCCCUGGACAGUUUCGUCCACCGCGGAAACCAGGCAUCUCCCGACGUGAGAGAGCGCCACCUUAUGGAAUCCAGUGGAUCAGGACCCAUUCCUCACCUGCUGCCCUCACCUGAGUAUGAGUCCUUGGGAGUGCCACGCCGACCGCAAACGAAGAAGCGUGGCAGCCGUGGAAGGAUAACGACUUCGACCCGGGGGAAGAGGAAACGGUCUCAGGCAAAUCUGAUGCCUCGACCAGCAGAGAUGACCGAAGUCACUUACACGCCUACCGCAAACAUUCAAAACUUACAAGGAUCCGACGAAACGGUACAAAUGCAAGGCAAACAUAAUCAAAAGCCUUGCUAUUUUCACCAGACACCUGAACCUCUGGAAUCAAUUCACACACAUAUUAACAGCGGCAAAGCAGGGGUGGUAGCUCCGCCUCUUCAAGCUCUUCCACAGGUAAUGGGGCAAACAACGGAACCGGCACCAUCAAAUAAGGUUCAGUGGCUUCCGGAAACAAAUUCGCCGCCUUCCUCCUCAUUCUUGCUUCUUUCAUAUGGGGAAGGCGAACGGCGCUUUCAUCUUCCCCAAACACAGAUAUAUCACGAAAAUUGUUUUCCUCCAUGUAUUAAUUCUAAUCAUCCGAGUUCGGCGAGGGACACUUCUCUCACUGGUUGCAGGUUACCGAUUGACAGAACAAAUCUUAACCAUCCAGUGGAAAGUGCUCGCCUAGACACCCCAUGUCAAGAAUCAAGCACCAUCAACCUAAGACAGCAGGUCUCGCCUCUGAAAGAAAGGUCCUUGAAUCCAGCAAAGACCCGGGAGCGUUCUUGUUCUAGUGACAGCUGGCGUAGUGGAUCUUCGUGGAGCCAGAGCUCACAAGCCAGCAGCUAUAGUACAUGCACUACGAGUACAAGUUCAGAAGAAGGAGACCUAAGCACUCCGUGCUCACUCGGAAGCUGGAAACAAACAAACAUGAAGAGAAGAAUUGCUCAUCAGGUGAACUUCGCUGGAAAGAAACCAAGACAUCAUCAGUCGUUUUUAAGUGGAGAAGAGUUAAGACGUGAGGAAACACAACCUUCGUCAACUAUUGCUCUAGUGGCAUCGUCAGGCUCUGCUGUGAAUUCCGUGGUGCAGAAACAUCAAUAUUCGUUGCCUGCUGUCCAUCAGGCAGACACAAAAACAACUGCCGAACUAUAUGGUGCUUCCGCAAUCCAAUCAGCCUACUGCAGCGACAACGAUGCACCACAGGCCCGCCUUUCGAAAGACACCUUUCCUCCUGAUACUGCUGCAGGCGUUUCAUGUUCAAGCUACGAAAGUAGCAAAGAUCCCCCAUAUGGUUUGCAAGCUGCUCCAUCCUCUGAUGUACCUUCACUUGCUGAGCGGCAUACAAAUCGCGGGGUGCCAAACGAGAAUGACUCUUUUUUUUCUAGAACUCCGGCACUUUUUUCUUGUGAUAUUGAGUCCCCGCUGACUCAGGAUGGUGGUGUCAUGGCGACAUCUGCAUCUCUCUUGGAAGCGACGCAUCCACUUGCUGGACGUGAGAAAACCUGCAUAGGGAGGACAGGACAUACCCGCGAUGCUUCAGGGGACCAACUAACGUCAUCAGUUCCAUUAUCUCCGCUAGUUUCUCAAAGAACUGUUAGUGUGUCUCUGCAAGAGCCGCGCCCUCACAAAGGACCACCUGAGGGUUUAGCUGGUCUGAGGGAAGGCGAUUUCCGUUCCGACACACAACAUUGUUUCCCUCCACAAUCCGAGUUCCAAGAGUCCGUUCACGUGCCACAUUUCUCUGUUACUUCAGAACUUAAAACCAUCGGAGGAGUUGGACUGUCCGCUGGAUAUUACCGGCCUAGUUUGAUGACAGCACAACUUUUGAAUCCACAAUGCCAAAGCUUCGAACGCCACGCAUUUCCUGCAGCGCGUCCGAACACUGAUUCGGGGAGGCUGCAGGAAAUUCGCUGCAGUUUUGGUUCCCGUCGCCAUUUUCCGCAACACUCAUCCACCGUGCGCUACGACAGUACUUGUGCCUUGAACUCGAACACGUCUUCACAGGGCCACGCAAAAAUGAAGCAGUCACCUUUUGACGUACAGACGAUUCCUGCAUUUGAAUGUGGAGAAUCUGGCGGUGCCAAACAUGCUUCAGAAGGUUGCCUUAUGUCCCCAGCAAAAUCAGGAAGAGGGAGAAUACAGCAGGAAACUUGUGAUAACGAAUAUGGAGCAACCAUUCAAGAGGCGACUUCCUCAGUCCAUGGUGCUGCUCAAACUAAGAACCACUCCGGUAUGUUGAAAUGUGGAAGUUGGGAAUCCAACCUCAACAGUGGGCAGCCAGCACCGAGGAAAGGUGGGGCCGAGUUGUGUUUUCUGGGGCCACAGAUAAGUAGUUGCGCUCGGAGUUUUGAGGCGCAUCUCCAAGGGACAGCGUCAGAACCGCUUCAUCUAGCCGGGGAACGGACAGAAUCUUCCCCUGCUCCCGACACAGUGCCAGAACUGGUGAAAUGUAGACGUAGAAUUAUUCCUGAUGUUCCAUUGAUUGUAGACAGAGAUGCCACCGCGGUGUCGGAAGAGGCGACAGACUCUAUCCAUCCUGUCGAAGAAGUGGAGUGUUCUGGCAGGAAAGGAGGACUGCAGCACGGGUCCAUGAUACCUCUCUCCUCUCCAACGUGCAAUGAGGGAGUUAGUACAUUGCCGUUCUCAAUGGAAUUCAAGGAAAGCAGCUAUUCCGUCAGUUGCGGAAGGAGCCGUGCUACUCCUGGGUGGAAGCUACUGCCCGCUCGUUGUGCCUCUGUAAAAACUCCCGCUGGUGUCCGAAAAAUAGUGGAGGCACACACGCCAGAAACCGGAGGCAGUCUGAGAAGACACACUCGGGAAUUACAGGGUAGCCAUUCAUCCGACUGUAGCCGUCUUUUGGAAACCAGGUAUCAAUUCUGCUGUGGGGACCCUGGGCAACCAGCGACUGUGCACUUGACAGUGAGUAGUCAUUUUAUAUAGAUGCUUGUAUGUGCUUUUCAGCAGCCGUAAUGGUGAGCGACCUCCACGGACACGAAGAUAUGCUCAUAGGAGGGAACACCUGUGUAUGAAAUCCGUUCAUAGUCUGUUGCAGCCCUCGUUCUACUGCAGCCCGCGUACCUCGAUUCUUACACGAACGAGUUCGCUCUCGAGGCUGACAGCUCAUGACAAAACGCGGAGUACUCGAGCUGACAGCCAGCACACCACGAGAGAAUCGGCUUGCUGCUCACAAUAAGCACGACUCUCAAACAAACUUUCUUGGAGAUAGAUAAACGUUGCAUCCUUAGCGACAACAGCACAUGAUAACACCGUCAGGAGAGCAGACACACGAUCGUAGAUUUUCUCGUUCGCUCGUCUCCGUUGUUCCGGCAAAGCCGACAUGACGUCUCGCUGGAAAAAGUGACAGACGUGGUGUUGCAGGACGGAGGAGAUGCGUUCUUUGAGAGAGCGGCUGCUGGUAGCUCCUUCAUACCUUCUACUUGCAUUAGCUAUCAUGAUUGCCGGCAUCC